UAACGUGAUGUAAACAACUAUACAAAACAUACAGCAAACAUGGCAGGUCGAUGGCGAGUUUGGGACUCGUUGUACAUGGAAGAAGAGUUUUUAUGUAUAUCAAACAUUGAGGCAUCCCAUUCUAAUGAAACGGAUAUUUUGCCCGUCCCAGGAUGUAGAAGUAUACCUUCAAUUGACGUUUUUUCGUUCACCCUUCCGAAAGAGGCGUUGGACUUAGAACACGAUUCAUCUUCAUGGCGAACUCGUGGUCGUGGCAAGUCCCUUGCAGAUCGAGCACUUAGAUCACGAGAGCUGUGUCGUAGACCUGGCAAUGAGAUGAAAAACACAGCUGCAUCCGAAAAAUCACAAACUAGUGGGAAGCAUUUCAUGAAUUCGGAAUUAAAUUACGAUGAACUUUUCCCAUCUUUAAACGCGUCUAUUUCCAAAAAAACUGACAGAAAGCCUGCUGUUCGGAAAAAGACCGAACGUUGUCGAGGUAAAAAAAACAGUAGAACGGAAACUAGUGAUGAUUUGAAGAUAGGGGAUGCAGUUGAUCAACCAGAUAUACUUGAAAAGGUUAAUGAAUCGGAAAACUUCAUCAAGACGUCCAAUCAUUAUGUAAAAGGACUUUUGAAAAAACAUGAUGGCAUUAUGGCUGGUCGUGUUGACGAAGAAGAAAAAAUUAAUGAGGAGUAUUUGUCGGAAGAUGUUCAUAAUUAUGGAAAUACUGCAAGAAAGCAAUUUGAUGACGAGCGGAAAAAUUUUUUACCGGAACAAAAUGACGGCCUUCACGCAUUUCAAUGCAAAGGAUUGAACAACGAUGCAGGCAGCGAUGACGUAGAAAAAGAAAUCCAAUCAAAAGAUUUACUGCAGGGUGGAUUUUUUAAGAAAGAGCGUGACAAGGAUGAAGCGCAGACAGGAUCAAAUUACGAAACAGAGGAGGAAAAGGAGGGAAAAACUGCCAAUGGUUUUCAAGAAUGCAUGAGUGAUAAUCAUUGCAAUGAUUUCCUGGACAGCAGCAAGUUUUCUUUUGAACGUCACUGGAGUAGAAAGAAUUCAAUUUCCCAAGAGAGAACACUUAACGUGUUUAUGAACGAAGUUGAAAACAAAACUACCGACAAAGGCAAUUGUAGUAACCGCUUACUUGACAACUUACCUGAAAAUUUUCAUAGCUUUGCGAAAGCAGAUAUCCAAAAUAGUUUUAAAAACUCGAUAAGUGUUGCGCCCAUGAAAACCCACAUGUCACUCAAAGAAACCAACGUGAUGUCAGAGGAAGUCCAUGUGACAACACAAGAAACCCUGUUGACCCCUCAGGAAAGCUCAGUGACACCACAGGAAACCCUAGUGACACCACAGGAAACCCUAUUGACACCACAGGAUACCCAGGUGACGAAUGAGGAAAUCCAAGUUACACCACAGGAGACUCAGGUGACAUCGGAGGAAAUCCAAGUCACACCACAGGAGACCUUAGUGACACCACAGGAGACCCAAGUGACAACAGAGAAAAUCCAAGUUACACCACAGGAGACCCAGGUGACGACAGAGAAAAUCCUAGUGACACCACAGGAGACUCAGGUGACAUCAGAAGAAAUCCAAGUCACACCACAGGAGACCUUAGUGACACCACUGGAGACCCAGUUGACGACAGAGGAAAUCCAAGUUAUACCACUGGAGACCGAAGUGACAACAGAGAAAAUCCAAGUGACACCACAGGAGACUCUGGUGACAUCAGAGGAAAUCCAAGUCACAUCACAGGAGACCUUAGUGACACCACUGGAGACCCAGUUGACGACAGAGGAAAUCCAAGUUAUACCACUGGAGACCGAAGUGACAACAGAGAAAAUCCAAGUGACACCACAGGUGACGUCAGAGGUAAUCCAAGUGACCCCAAAGGAAACCCACGUGACAACAAAUGAAACCCGGGUGACACCACACGAAGCACAAAUUUCUCCACAGGAAGUCCAGGUGACACAAAACAAAACCCAGAUGACGAAAGUAAAAAUGAUCAUUGAUACUGACAAAAGUAGUACGGAUGAUUCUGCAGCUGUCGGCACCAUGGUUAAAGACGCCGAAUCAAUAACUUGUGACAAUGAAGAUAAAUACGACGGAUUUAAACAUGUUACGGAAGACGCUCUUGAGGUUUUAUCAACCAGUGAUGAGGAUACUGGACCUUGCGAUGUUUUGAUGGAGAAUCUGCCGCUGACAUUCACUGAAGAGGAACUUCGUGAAAUGGUUGAACCGUAUGGCAAGAUGGUUUCUUUUCAUUUCACGGAAACGGAUAACUCCCUAUCGUGUACAAUCAGAAUUUCAAACUCAUCGAGCGGUGAAUUGUUGGCCGUUUCCUUGGACGGUUUAGAGAUUAAUGGUCAACGCGCGAAAGUGACAGUCGACGAGAACGAUAUUUAACAUGAAAAAUAUUUCAAGAUUUUUCAUAUCAAGUGUUGCAAGUUCAAAGACAACUUGAAAUUCAAUGUGGAGAUCAAGACAAUUUUUAGUUAGAUCUAUUCUAAUUGUUAUUAAUGGACUUCUUUGCUCAAGUUCAGUUGGUAUUUCUGAAGUUUUUUGAAGUAUAGUUUUGUUUUCGAAGCACGUUUGCCGUAUUCCACUAUGAAAAUCCGAAAUCGGUUCGUCAAACGGCCGGAAAACUCCGUUAGUUAAUUUCCGUAAAACGAAUCUCACACGGUAACUUCAAUCAUGAAUGCACGAGGUUCUAGUAGUUGAUAAGGUACAUUAUACAUAUAGCACGGCAUUUUUCGUUCAAUUUGCUAUUUAUUAAUGAGAACGUUUUUAAUGCUUGAAGAGAGUCACUUGUGAUUCUGACACUGCUUGUAAGUCAAAUAUUGACUCGAUCAUAUCAAUAGAUACCGAAGUGAAACAUUUCAUUAAAAUACUAAUUUGACAAAA